AUGUCAUUCCUCCUCAAGCCACGGCCACGCACGUGGGAUCUCGCCCUGGAUUAUCACACAGUGAAGCAGUUUGAAGUGGAUGUGACCCUGGACCCGGCCACCGUGGGCCCUGAAGUGAUCCUGUCCGAGGACCUCAAAGCAGCCUCUUGGGGUAGACCUGGCCUCCGCUGGCGCGAUGCUCCGGACCGGUUCGACACGGACCCCUGCAUGCUGGGCAGGGAGGGCUUCACCUCGGGGCGCCACUACUGGGAGCUGGAGGCCACGGGGCGGUUCUGGGCCGUGGGGGUGGCCCUUGAGUCGGUGCAGAGGAAGGGCCGGGUCCUCUUCAAGCCCAGCACCGAGAUCUGGGGCCUGCAGAAGUACGAUGAGCUCUGCGUGGCCCUCACGGCUCCGUCCAACACCUCCGUCCCGCUGUGCAAUGGGGACAUCGGCGUCUACCUGGACUAUGAGGUGGGACAAGUGUCCUUCUAUGCCGUGGGCAGCCGCCAGCGCAUCUUCACCUUCCCUGUGGGCUCCUUCAGUGGGGAGAGGGUGUUCCCCUACUUCUGUGUGCUCCUCUCCACCAUCAGACUCUCUAAGGGUUGA